GUCACCCUUGAAAGAACCCGCAGCAGUUCUGAUCAUCCCAACAUCGGCUUCGGUAGAGAAAGUGGUUUUCCACCAGUUUGUCCGAAGCAUCGCAGAGCAGCGCGUCACUUUCCCUUCGCUCCCAUCACUUCCUGCUAGGGGUGAACUUUCUCUUUCGACAGGUGAGUGAAGGAGACAAGUAGCGAUCAUAAGAUUUCAAAUUAUACAACGCUUUACGACCUUUCUGGCAACAGUUUGAGACUGCAGAGUCUGUUAAGAUACUAAUCAGGUGUGACAUGGAAAGACAGAAAAUGAUGAUGUUUCCUAUACUUUGUUGGAUUAUUACGUUGCAUUUUACUUUGACUUUGAGCAACGAUAUUCCUAGUGGCAGCAUUUCCGAGCAUCUACAGUACACAACUAAUACAACAUACAAUAACAGUGAAGAAGUCGAAGAAACAACAAUUUCUAAAACUUCAGAAAAUGAUUCUACAGUUUCCAAAUAUGGAUAUUUAACAUUUUCGACUGAAAUAUUCGUUGAAGAUUCCAAACUGAAUGAAGAUGCUACAGUUUCAGAAAAAAUCCUAAAUAGCACUAAGCAUCAGGAUUCAAAUAAUGGAUUGGCGAGUUCUGCAUUUAAUUUAGGAAAAGAAAACGUGAGGGAAAAAAUGGCUAUAUUAUAUGAAAGUACAACUGAGCACUUGCAAUCACCUAAUAAUCAACGUUCUAUUGAAACUGAAGAUUACAUCCAGAAUUCAACAGAAAAUUUAUAUUACAAUGAAUUAGCUGAGAAAGUUAUGGAUUAUGAUACAAGCAUGAGUUCUUUAUCCGAACGGUUUGAAACAACAGCCUCAACGAAAUCUAAACCUUCAACUGAAUAUAUGACUACUUUGAAAAAAGAUUCGGAAUCAACAACAACUUUAGAAAGUAAUCCAGAAUCUCGGAAAGAAGAUAAUGCGGAAGUUUCUCAUACGCAGACGGAUGAAAUUUUAAGUUAUAAAAAAGAUUCAGGGAGAAAUUUAACUGCGAAUAAAACUGAAAAUGCUGAAAAAUUCAAGGAAAGUACACCUGUAAGUUCUGAAGACUUUAGAACUGAAUUACCCGAUGAAAUGGAACAUAAUGGGGAGAUGAGGGAAGAAUUCUUCGCUGGUAGCAAACAGAAUGAUACAGUAACUGAAGAAGCAGUGACGACAGAAAAUAUUCCAAGUGUUCGAAAUUUAGGGAGCAGUAAUGAGAUGUUUAAGCGUAAUGAAUCUGACAUUUCCGAAAUCUCUGACGUUAACAAAGAAAUGCCUGACGAGCAUAAAGAAGUGCACACAAGUUCAAUUAGACCCGAAAUUUUAAAAGAAAUUUCUGAAAAUCCCAACGAAAUAUAUGAGCAUGUAGAAGCAUCUGUGACAGAUGAUCGUAAGACUAAUGAGAAUAAAACAGAUGAUCUUACUGAAGAUCCUUUAGAAUGGUCAGCAAGCAAUAUAAAUUCUGAUGAAGUUUUUUUCGAAGCCACUGAAUUAAAUAAUAAUUCCACCCGUAUUCCUAAGAGAAUACAGGAAAAUCAAGAUCGAUAUCCUGAAGGAAGAAUGAGACCAGCUAGACCAGAUCCCGGAUAUUCUCAUCGCCAAGAAGCAGACCUUGUACGACCAUACAGACCAGAUUCUCCUUUGAAUCAGUACCCUUAUUACAGGCCCACUCCUGAUUAUCGCACUCCUUUAAUUAGACAAGACACAGAUUUCACACGACCUGCUCGUCCGGAUCCUGAUUUUCCUAGAGCUUCAUUUAGACCCAAUUAUAGCUACUCAAAGCCUUCAGUUGAUGGCACUGAUUCGUCCAGGCAAUCUUCGUCCGACUCUGGAUCUUCAAAACCCUACAAACCAUCUUUUAGUAGACCCUAUCAUCCCCAAACUAGUUUUGGUAGACCUUACCGACCGGAUUACCAAAGACCAACUCCGAGGCCAGCUGAUGAUCCAGUAGUAGCCCCAAAGUCAACAACUGACUUUAAAGGCAUAUCUUACCAAGAACCUGAAGGUUUUGAACAUUCUCGAGCAGAUUAUGACUACACAAAGCAAUCAGAAGUUGUGCCUGAAUAUCCCAAAACAUUUUUGUCUGAUACGAGACCUUCUCAAUUGAAACCAGACAUUACAAAGCCCUUCAGACCUUCAUAUGAUACAAUCACUGAUUCAUCCAUUCAUUCCAAAACACCUGAAGUUGAUGUAUUCACAGAAAAUCGAGAUUCUAUCAAACUUUCUAAACCUGACAUAGCGACUGGAAAACCAGGAAGUUCCUAUUAUCCUAGACCAGGAUUCGGACAUAAUUAUCAAACAUCUGAUACUUCUGUUAGACCAUUUUCUGUUGGCACAGUGACAUCCGCAAAGAACAUUACAAGAGUAGAAUUUAUCAAAGCUGACUGUUUUGAUAAUCAUAUGAAAGUAACAAUGCGCUUCAAUGGUACAUUUAAUGGACUGGUGUACAGCUCAGGUUACGCUCAAGAUUCAUCUUGCUCUUAUGUCAAUGGAUCUGGUAGAAAUCAUUAUGAAUUUUUUAUAAGAUUGAAUCGCUGCGGAACUCUUGGUCAGCAAGAAGUGGCUGAACAAAGAGCUGCACCUACUUCAAGGAGGAGGCAAGAAAGGGCUCAGUACUUAGUGAAUACAGUUACUGUACAGUACAAUCCAGUCAUUGAAGAAGAUAUUGACGAGCAUUUCAGAGUGACUUGCGAAUAUGGUUACGAUUUUUGGAAAACAGUUACUUUUCCAGUUGUCAAUGUCGAAUCUUUUCUUCCCAGGAGCUCUGCAGUGAAGGUUCGGACGGGAAGUCCAGUGGUUUUCACUCUCCCUCCUCCACAAUGCAACAUGGAAAUUCGAAGCGGAUUCGGUCCUUCGGGAAACAGGAUAACCGGUCCGGUUAACGUUGGAGACCCUCUCACGCUAGUCAUCCAUAUGAAGAGCGAAUCCACUGGAUUUGACAUCUUGGUUAGCAACUGCUUCGCUCACAAUGGGGCCCAAAAACGAAUGCAGCUUAUCGAUUCAAACGGAUGCGUUGUCCAGGAAAAACUUGUCAGUCCUUUCCGUGGAGUGAGCAGUCCAGACAGAUCUCAGCAAGUCACCUUAUAUUCGUAUUUGAAAGCAUUUCGAUUCACUGGAAGUCCGGCUUUGUACAUCGAGUGUGAUGUUCAUAUGUGCCAUGGAUCCUGUCCUCCUCAAAGGUGUUACUGGCGUCACCUAUACAAAAGAUCUGCUCAAGAAGUGACACCUGAAACUACUACUCAGUCAGGAGGCGUAAUGUCAGAAAGCGUCAGUCUUUUCCAAUCUUUAGAAGUGAGGCAUGAGGAAGCUGAUGCCCCGAACCAACUUGCACUUCGGCCCUCAACUGGACGAGCUGAUGAAGAUAUGGUAUGCAUAAAGACCGGAGGAUUUGCAGCGAUUUUUGCAUGCCUACUUUUGUUGUUGCUGCUGGCAGCAUUCAUAUCCAUCUGUUUGUGUUUAAGGAUGCGCAAACUGAAGUCUUACGUGGAAGCACCAGAUACGAAACACUUUGUUGAAUUCGAUGUGCAUGUUCCUAUAAAAUAGCUCAUAUAUCCACGUUCCGUUAUUAAUAAGUAUCUGCUGAAGUGUUCCGAGCUAAAAUGCAUGGUUAACUUAACAUUAAAUUUAUUUUACAAACUGUUAAUGACAGACUUAAAGCGUGAUUCCCAGUUUUAUACAUGCUAUAUAUAUAUAUAUAUCAGAAAAGCAGUUAUUUCUCGAGCUGUUGGGCAUUAUAUGCGUUAUUACUAAUUCUACUUUAUGAGUAAAUUAUGAAGACUUUUCAUUCCCACCGACUAAAUUUAACUUGAAAUUUUCGCGUUGCCCAUCAAAUGAUGGGAUUACUGAUAUGUAAUGUCAUAGCUAUAACCUUGCAUUUUAUCUGAUUUAUGUCGUGUUUUCAAUCAAAUGGGGUAAAUGUAACUCAGUUUACACAAGUGCCUUAGUUUAAAAAUGCUCAUAUUCUGAAUACAAAGAAAUCUCAUUUUUUUUCUCAUUGCAUUUAAUUCUUUUUCUUGCAUGCUUCACACAGUGUUUGUUUGUUUGAGUACUUGUUUUUGCAUUAGUUCUCUAGUCUAUGUGUAUUCGUAUAUACUUUUUCCGAGUAUAAAAAUGGUUACAAUUUUCAUGCGAUAUUUUACUUAAAAUUUUUAAAGAUAUGGCAGCUAUGCAUGUUUCUUUGUGUCCAUGCUUGUUUUCAUUUAGGAUUUCGCAAGUAUCUCUAACAUGCUCGAAUAAUAAAAUCGCACAUUAAGCAAACGUAUAAAACUAGAUAAAAUUAAAUUCAUGUCACUUAAAUACUUUUUCCUCUUUCUGAAGUACAAAUUUUUAAUGAUCAUUUCACCAUUUUACUGUUACCUGACUCAAAUUACAAUUCCAGCGAAUUUCAAUUAAUUCUUCUUUAUUUAUAAAAGCUUUCAUUUAUCAUAAUAUCGAGAAUUUAAAAUUGGCAGUGAUAUGUAUGUUAGGUAUAUUGGAAAACUUAUUUUAAAACUGUAAUAGCGCUUACAACAAUUAUGCACAAUGUGGUCAAAGCGUUUUUAUUUUGAAAAACAAAACGCAAAAUAUACUACAAAUGAACUAUAUUAAAAAUCAAUAUUCAUUACUUGCAUUUCUCCAUGUGUAUUUUUUGUUUCGCUUGAUGUUCAGCAAUGUGGUAUUAUAUAAUUUUUAUGUGUUUUGUUUCUGUUACAUUUGUUCAUAAAUGGUAGAAGGAAGCAAUAAUGUGAUUUUUCAUCAUAAACAUUCAUUCAUUUACACUAAAAGUGAUAUGUUUUUGAAUGACCUUUGCCUGUGAAUCAAGAUGAUUCAUCAUAAUGUUUUUGUUAUUUAUUCACAAUGUGAUGUAUUUUAUAACUGGUGAUUUUUGAUGGUAUAAGGAUGGGUAAAAUGUUGUAUCAUCUAUUAUAUUUUUCUUUUUGUAUAUUACAUACCCGCUUAUUGCGGGUUGUUUUGGUGCUAAGAUAUUUUUUUCCUACGUUUUGGGCUGCUUACCACUCUAUAGGGUGAGCUUGUGUGCAUUCAAUGUCUAAUUGGUUGGAUCUGUACCACCAAACAUUAUUCUGUGAUUUAUGUACAAUGUUUGUAUUUCUGAAUAAAGGAAAAAAUAAAUAAAAAAAAA